AUGCCCAGUUUCAGAGGUUUGGAUGUCUCGGUGGUGCCGCGCCCUGAUGCCGAGAACUUCGUCGAGCUGCCUCAUCCCGAGUCUUCAUAUGUUCAUCUACGGGGUCCUCACCCGGUCAGCCCGACGACGUCUCUCUCGUCCAGUUUCGUCUCAACACCCGAGAAAUUCAAGCCCACUACUUCGGUCUACAUCCCAUCAAGCCUAGGCGCCCAGUUCCACUUGCGUUAUUCCAUCAACAGACCCCCUCCCGAUACCAAGUACCUGUACUUCCGAGUGACGAUGAAUGGACGUCAAACAGUGUCCUGGGGCAUUAAGUCAUGUGCGAUCCAGAAUCAGAUCGUCAGUUACGCUCUCUAUGAGCCCGAUAGCAAAUGGCAGUAUCGGGAAAGCGGGGUCGUCUACAAGCGUGACGGCGUAGAGAAACGUUUCUUUCAUUUUGCGCCACGCUUCGAGGCUUCUGCCGCUCUGGACGGUGGCCUCAUUGACCUACAGGUCUUUCGGUCGAAGGGCAGGAGAAGGAGAGCCCCUGAACUCAAUGACUUCCGCAGUCAGGACGGGUACGGCAUCACCUCCCCUACCGGUGGGCUCGUUGAGUUGCCCCAGGAGCUCACCUUCUACGACUGGGUUCUAAUCGACCCUGUAGACUCACCCUUUGCCACAUUCCGCUUCUUCUACCGCAGUUGGGAAAAUCUCAAGGCCUUGAAUCUUGUAUCGGUGUCCCACUACGAGGCGCUCGUGGCAACAUCGAAGAGGCAGGGUAAACUUCUGCCGACUCGACCCAAGACACCGGCCCCUACAAACGAUUCCAAGGAUCUUCACGAAAAUGGCCUAUUCUGCUUUGGAUCGCUCGAUGAAUCGGUUUUCCAAGAGGACGGCAUGGGCAUUGACGAGUCUAAGAAAAAACAGAAGUUUCAUUCUACACAGAGAGCAUUCUACCUUGCAACUCCACCCAAGUUAACACCAAUUCGUUCUGCCUGGGAAAAAUGGCCACAGCCUAGCAAAAUGAUGCGCGAUAUUCGGCAACCUUCGGACCCUCUGCGGCUUCUGCCUGUGCUGCCAGACUUCGAACCUUCGCUGCGAAGAGCUUCCCUGGAGUCGACUCGGGCUCCCUCAGUCACCCCUUCACUACUGCCAUACGUAGAAGAGUCGAGCGGCGGCGAUGAGUUGGAGAUCGGAAUUGCUAGGCAAGUUGUUCUGCCGUCAAUGUCUCGGGAGCUCGGUAAGACCCUUUCGCGUCCUUUGCCAUCGCCGCCUCAGAUACAACUAUCUUCGUCCGACUACGACAUGACACCCCCGUCCACGGGCGGCAUGGGAAAAUUCAAACGCGUUGGGCGACAGGAGUAUAUCGCGGCGGCAGAUACGACAGCAGAAAAUCUUGAAAAUAGGAGCAUAUCGGAGGGAAAAUGGCUCAAGCGAAGUCCGUCACCCCUGCGUCGAAAGCAGGGUAGUCUGAAUCUCAACGAAUGGGGGUGGACGAGUAACCAUGAGAGUCGCCGUUAG